CUACUUCUGCUUGAGCGGCGGCGUUUUCAACUUGCUGAAGAAAGCAAAGAGUUUCUGCACGACGAUCUUCUUCCUGUGAAUUUCAAGAUUUACCUACGGUAAACUAAAGAUGGCAGCACCAGCAAUCCGGGUUGUGAACCCCAGCGCUGUGGCAGGUCGCCAACAGGCCGUACUUGUGGCAACCAAAGAAGCCCGUAUGUACAAGGAGAAGAAGAUGACCUUCCCCAGACCCCCCAGUGAGCUGCUGCACCAGGCCACUGCCCUCCACCAUGCCGAAAAACUCCUCUGUGCUGGAGGGAUUUCCGCACCAUCCCGCCAGCAGUGCCUGGGGAAGCUGGUCAUGCCGUUUGGCCAGUAUGAACAUGCACCGUUCUGCUGGCUUGUGGCAAAUGACGUGGGCUACAUGAAGUAUGUCAUUGACAAGCACAGAGAGGAGGCGGCAAACCCUCGCAGGACAGCCGCAAUCCAGAACCACUGGAUUAAAGACUGUCUGGCGGAGUAUGCAGAGAGCUUCCCGCAAGUGUCAAUUCUCCUGGAGGCAAACAUCGACCAGUGUAUAUAUGGUCAGAAAGGCUUUGAAGACCAUAGCUUUCGGGAGAUGUGGGAGCUCUACCGGCAGCACUCCAGGCUGAAGGACAGGCCAGAGAGUUUCAGCAGUGAGCAGAGUGAGCUUAUCCGGAAGGCCUACAGUUCGGCGAGCAGGUGGCUACAUACACCUGUCACACAUAUAACGAGUGUGACAAUGAAGAGAUUUAGAAAAUACAUCAACGACAGGAAGGACCAAGAAUUGAGCUCCACUAGCCAAGACCCCACGUGGCUGGAUGACUCUGCUUUUUCAGCGGUGAUGGAUUUGGAAGGAGAACUGGGCAGGUCCAAGACGCAGAAGCACGAGGCAUCCUCCUGCCAGGCGUCUUCCACCGUCCAGGCGCUCUCCACCCCACAGGCAUCCUCCCCUGCCAAGAUGCCCUCCUCCAUCCAGGCCUCUUCCAGUGUCCCGUCUUCAUCCACCUCACGCUCUUCCACCAAAGCGUCCAAGGCAACCUGCUCCACCCAGACAUUGUCCUCCGCCAAGGCCUCUUCCACUUUCUCUACCCAGCAGUCUUCACCCACCAAGGAGCCUCUGCCCAGCACCUCUUCUGUGGAGUCAUCUCAAAGCGAAUCCCCUGUUAAGCUGGAGGGCUGGGUGCGUCUGUGGGAAAACCCCAACGGCAUCCCAUCAGCCGACAUUUCCUGGCUCAAAGAGGACACCGAAAGAGGGAUGUUCACGCCCGUCCAAACCUACAGAGACCACACUGGACACCUGAAGAGGCGACGGGUGAUGAGACCAGACCGCAUGUGGUUUCACCCACCAGAGUGUCCUGGCUACGUCAGGGGUUCUCUGCCAAACCCGGACCCCUUCUUCCGCAGCCGCGUCUUUGUGUGGCGUCCUGUUGGGGUACGUCACAUCUGCGAUGUAUCCAGCUGGUACACAAUGCUGACGGAGGUCCUGUGUUGUGGACCGUGUACGAAGGCGGCCAGGAGGGGAGAAGGUGGCACCAUGGGUCGGUGGCUCGCAUGGGAUCCUGCUAUUUUAUCCCAACUCAGCGAGGCUCAUCAAGCUCUGUUCCCUGCCAUUCUUACCGCCAAGCGCGGUGUGGACAGGAAUGUCGUGCGUCUCCUGAGGGACCGGACAGAAGGAAACACCAUGGUCAAGGUGUGGCGGCAGAUAGAGGAGAAUCACGUGGAAGAGUACCUUCGAUGCAAGGACCUCUACACCACGCUCCUUAUGGCUUUAGUGGCACCCGGAGGGAUCGUCUCUGCAUUGAAGCAGACGUUCAAGGCACCACCUCCUCAGAGAGAGAUCCCCUCUGCGCGUCUCUUGCGCCACGCCUUCCUGCUGGCCGAGGCCGACAAUGUGCGGGACUACCGGAGCCAGAUCCUCUCCACUUUUGGCACUGUGCUGAAAAUGGAUUCCACCAAGAAAGUGGUGAAGAAGCUGUCCGGCGAAGGUCAUGGCUCAGCCGAAUGGUUCACCAGCAUAGGAAACGAGCAUUCUCAAAUAGUUUCCUUUGUUCUCACUUGUGAGGAGUCCGCAAAGGAGCUGCAGCCGAUGUGCCACGGUGUCAUGGAAAGGUUUCGGCUGGCGGAUCAACCCGUCCCCAAAAUUCUCUAUGUGGACCGUGGGUGUUGCCGUGAAAAGGGACCGACAGCGUUGGAAACCAUGUUCCAGCCUUGGGUGGACAAUGGGAUGGUUGUGCGUCUGGACAUUUUCCAUUGGAUCCACCGGUUUGACGCAGCCAUCCGAUCAGAGUCGCACUGCAAGUACGCCAUUUUCAAGUCUGCCGUAGCUGGGGCAGUGCUGGCGUACAACCGCACGGACUUGGAGCUGCUCAUCAAGGCGGUCAGAGCCAAGGACCCGGCAGCGCUGAAGUCCGUGUCGGACGAGGAUGUGGUGCGGCUCUACAUUCCCAGGGAGCAGCUGAAGCAUCACGUGCGGAGGGUCACACUCGGGGCUCAGGAAACGUUCCAGCUCAUCCAGCUGGCCAUCGAGGAGCUUAAAGGUCCCGCCGGUCUGGAUGAGAAUGGAGUGAGCCUCUUCAAAACACCAGAGGCCAUUGAUGAGAUCUGGGCGGAGCAGCAGCGGCAUCUGGAGUGCAUCCAGGAUCCACCAGACAUGAGCAUGUAUAGGGUUGCACGUAACACAUCCAUCAACAAUGUGGAUGUGCCCUAUUAUAAAUGUCUGCGUGGAAGCAACAGCCUGGAAGGAUUCCACAAAGCUCUGCCGCAGAUGAUUCCAGGUCCUCACUGCGCAGCGCGGCCCUAUCAGGUUUACCUGCUAAGCGGCAUUGCGCGGUGGAACUCUGACAGGAGCUCAGAUGCCGUGUUUGGUGGCAGAGGACGGCGCCACAGGACCUACUCUGCGCCGCUGAUUGACCGCCUCAACACCCGCUGUCAGCAGCUGUUUGGUGAGACCGUGGAAGAGAACUUCCGGACCCCUGCUGAUGUCCCUUCCGACGAGCUGCUUGGGUUAGAGUACCUGUUCAGCCAGAGCACAGGUCUAUCGGGCACAUUUUCCCUUAGCGGCAUUGUCGAUGAUGGACCUGGUCCGGAGGAGGAGGUGGUUCAGCCCGGGCGGCCUGAUCCAGACGAGGCGUACGAGAGCGAUGUGGACCCACAGGACGAUGUUCCGGAUGCUGUCCUCGCCCGCAUCACACUCACCAGCGAUGAAACUUCCACUGUCUAUCCUCCGGCCUUUGAGGACGCCUGCAGCCCAAAUCCUCUUCCUGGCUUUCAAAAGCUGGAAAGGUUCUGCUCUGUGUUGGUGGAGAUUGGCUUGCUAGACGACAAGCUGUCACUCAGCACAGAGCAGCGGAACAGGGUCCUUGAAGCCUGGAAUGUCAUGGAAGAGCAUGACAAGCAUCCACAGCGAUUUAACCAGCUGUACAGAUCACACUGGGGCAACACCCUCUACUGCCGCACGAAAAGAGAUGACCCCUUCGAGGCUGCAGUAGUACAGCGGGUGAAGAUGGCCAAGCGGUACGCUCCAGCCCAACACGACAUCAGCGCGCAGCACAACAGACUGAUGUACACGCUGGUGAAACUGUUGUGGUUGCACUCACCUCAAGGGUCUCGCACCAGCCCUGAGAAGACCUUCAUCGUAAAGGCGUACCAGCGAAUCCAGCACCGGAUUUUGGUGGAGGAUCCAGUCCUCUGCAAGGCUGGCAUUCCUCUGCCAAAGAUUAACACAAAGACCGUGCGGGACUUCAUUCGGCGCCAAGAGAGGCUCCUCAACAUGCGGGCAACAAAACAGCCGUUGACCGUCACAAAGACCACCUCCAUCUCAUCCGUUGACCUACCUCCGGCACCACACCAGCCAGCGGUCCUCCCUGCACCAGACUACCCCCGGAUGGAAUAUGUGCCCACACCCAGCACGGCAGGCACAAAGGUGUUAAAGGGAAGGACAGAUGUGGUGAUGCCACUCUCCCGGCCUCAACCACCACUGUCGGCACCGCUGAGGAAAACCCCGCCCACUUCUACCAUCACCAGGCCCUUGACCUCCCUCUCUGCAUCUGCAGCAGCCCCUGCGAUUGCUGGUCCCUCCACACAGCCCAUGAUGCUCGCCAGUGCAUCAGCCCCUCUGAUUGCUGGCCCCUCCACACAGCCCACAAUGCUUGCGAGUCAGUCAGCUCCUGCGAUUGUUGGUCUGCCCAUCUCAUCCUAUCCAUCUUUGCCCAUGAUGCCCGCUUCUGAAAGCACAUUCUACAGCACUGACAGUCCUUCAGCCUGGGCGAGAGCUACGCUGUAUAAGCGUAAACUGAAGGAAGCUCCCUCAGGUAUUGGAGAGAAAUUAUCACGGGUGCAAAAUCUCCCCGUUUGUACACUCUGCCGCCAACCGACCCAGGGACACAAGAAAUACAAAAAAAAGAGUUUCUGUCCAGUAAAAAUGAUGUCUCCAUCUAAAGGUCUAAGCAGCAGAGUGUAUGAUAGCUACGAACACUUUAUGUCUGUUGUGGAUGACUUUUAGGAAUGAGGUGUAGCUCCUCUUCUCUCCUUGGGGAUCGGCAAAUGUAAAUAGUUGAAUGUAAAAUAGUUGUUUAAACCAUGCUCCGUGUUUUUUAUUAAUUCCCUUAACUGUAGUGUUGUGGUGUUAUUACUUGGUACAAUGCUGCUAUAAAUCAUCAGUGUAACAUGUAAGAGCAUUAACAACAUUAUAACA